UUGAGUUCACUCCUCUCUCUUCUCUCACUCUCUCCUUUUGUUCUGAAGAAGGUGGAAGAAGAUUAGUUAGCCAUGGAUUAUAAAUAUCAAUAAAUAAAAACAGAUUAAAUAUUAAGAAGAAGAAAAAAAAAAACCAGCUGAGAAGGACAACUAUCCGUCCACCAAAAGCCAAAACCAACUAUUAGAGACAAACCCAUUUCACCAAACACCAAAUUAAACAAACAGAAAACCAAAAUACUUAGAAUUUAUUAUAAUAUUUCUCCAUAUUCUUAUUCAUUUAUAUUUUCUCUAUAUUUUCCAUCUCUUUCCCGUCUCAUUUCAAAGCACACUAAGAAAAAAAAAAAAAAAAAAUUCCAAUCUUCAUUUCGAUCCUCAUGCAGCCAGCUCGCCGAAAAACUCCUCUAUUUCCUGAAACAGGGGCAAUGAAAGCCAGAAAGAACAACAAUCUUUCCAUUUUCGUCGUUGUUUUCUCUGUUUUUCUUUUCGGGGUUUUCAUGUACAACGAGGAUGUGAAAUCCAUAGCUGAGUUUCCAUUUUCAAGGCCUAAGGUUCAGGAAAUCCAAGAGCAACAAACAACAACGACGACGAAACAGAGCAAAUCCAUCGAAGAAGAAAUCUUGGCCAAACCGACGAUCAAAGAGAAUGAAAUUGCUGUCACCACAGUGAAUUCUAGAACCCAGCUGGAAGAUACCCGGAUUGAGGAUCCAGAAGAAACCCAAACCCAAGAACAGGUUGUGAAUUUGGAAUCUAAUAUGGAAAAAGAAGAGGAGCAGAAAAUCGAAUUGCCGGUCAAUGGUCAAGGAGAUGAUGAUGAUGAUGAAGAGGUUGAAUUGCCUCCAGAAGAUUGUGAUUUGUACACAGGGGAAUGGGUUUUCGAUAAUGUUACUCAUCCUUUGUAUAAAGAAGAUGAAUGUGAGUUUCUUACUGAACAGGUUACUUGCAUGAGAAAUGGUAGGAAAGAUUCUCUAUACCAGAACUGGAAAUGGCAACCCAGAGACUGUUCUUUGCCGAAGUUCAAACCCAGAUUGCUGCUUGAGAAGCUGAGGAACAAGAGGCUUAUGUUUGUUGGAGAUUCAUUGAAUAGGAACCAGUGGGAAUCCAUGGUUUGUUUUGCUCAAUCUGUGAUUCCACCAAGGAGGAAAAGCUUGACCAAAACUGGCUCUCUCUCUAUUUUCAGAAUUGAGGAUUAUAAUGCUACUGUGGAGUUCUAUUGGGCCCCAUUUCUUGUGGAGUCAAACUCAGACGACCCAAACAUGCACAGCAUAUUGAACCGUAUAAUAAUGCCCGAAUCAAUCAACAAGCAUGGGGUAAACUGGAAGGGUGUGGACUACCUCAUCUUCAAUACAUACAUUUGGUGGAUGAACACUUUCUCCAUGAAAGUUUUACGAGGAUCAUUCGAUGAAGGGGCCACGGAAUAUGAUGAGAUCGAUCGGCCGGUAGCAUAUGCCAGAGUUUUGAAUACUUGGGCUAAUUGGGUAAAUGAAAAUAUUGAUCCUAAUCGAACCAUGGUGUUCUUCAGCAGCACGUCUCCUCUUCAUAUCAAGAGUUUGGACUGGAACAACCCGGAUGGGAUAAAAUGCGCGAAAGAGACAAUGCCGGUUCUGAAUAUGACGACCCAACUGGAAGUGGGUACGGAUCGCCGGCUUUUCCGGAUCGCCGACAACGUAACGCAUUCUCUGAGAGUUCCGGUGCACUUCCUCAACAUCACCACCCUCUCUGAGUACCGGAAAGACGCUCAUACUUCGGUCUUUACCAUUCGACAAGGCAAAAUGCUCACUCCGGAGCAACAGUCCGACCCGGCUACCUAUGCGGACUGUAUCCAUUGGUGUCUUCCCGGGUUACCCGACACGUGGAAUGAGUUCCUUUAUACACGUAUUAUCUCUCGCUCUUGACACCUAGUACUUUGCACGUGCCCCCUCAUGUUUAUUCCUCUGUUCAUUUUUAUUUUUGAAUUUUUUGGGUUUUACCUCGAUCAUUUUAAUUACCACCACUGUCGAUGUAAUUUUCUCCCUCAAUUUCCCCUUUUUUAGUUUUCUAGUAGCUUGGAAUAUAGCUUUUUUUUUCCUUUUUGUCUUUUUUGGUCGGCCAAAUUAACCGAGGUGGAGGAAAAGCUAAGAAUGCCAAAUUCUUUUUGCCAAGUGUGGCAAAACUUUGAUCGAAAAACCACAUGAAAAGGAUUGUACUUCCAACAAAAUAAGGAGUAAAGCAAAAUUGUAUGUAACACAAUUGUCUUUUAAAUGUUAAUGAUCUCUUUCUUUGUUAUCAA